ACGACAAACAUUGCAAUGCAACGACUUGGUAUUUUUAGUCCUUCAGGUAGACAGCAAUGGUAAGGAAUAGACUAUUUACGUGAAAAGAAGAUGGAAGAGAAAUAUGCAGCUGUCGCGUCAGCAAUCAUCGUUGUCAUGGUAGCCAAGUUUGCCGGAGGAUCCCAGGGUGUUCCAAUUGGAAUUAUAUUAGAUAAAUCAGCAGAAGAUGUGGAGCGAGCCGUAUCCAGGGUAAUAGCCUAUAAGAAUAAAAAUAACGUACAUACUAGAAUUUUAUUCAACACUACAAUUGAUAUAGUCGAUGUAUCAGAUAGCUACAAAUUAAGUCAAGCCAUUUGUACGCAACUUCACAAAGGUGUAUUUGUUUUGUUUGGUACCAGUAAACCUAAAUCUUUUAAUACCAUCCAAUCUUACAGCCAGGCCUUAAAUAUACCGUACGUUGUCUUCACAUCUAACAGAAAUGAUGUCAGAGAUGGCUACCGUUACGAAAUCAGCCUGAGCCCCUCUUAUAUUGAAGUCAUCAUAGACCUUGUUAAAUGGUUUGGUUGGGGUAAAAUUUACUAUCUCUUUGAUUCCGAUGAUGGUUUAUGGCAAUUGCAAAAACUGUAUGAUGCUUUCCGAGACCCAGCGAAUAAUAUAAUUAUUGAUGCCAGACGUAUCCGAAAUUUAAAUGACUCCCAUGAAAUGCUACGAAGAAUGGACAGGACUGGUACCCACAACAAGAAAAGAAUAGUUAUUGCUCUGUCUAGCGCCACAUCCUAUCAACAUUUAUUAAAUCAAAUUGUUGAUGUUGGUAUGAAUAGAGAUGGAUAUCAUUAUUUAUUAGGUGGACCAGAUAUUGGAAAAUUGGAUCUGAAAUCUUUUAUUCACGGAGGGGUGAAUGUGACGGGAUUUCGAUUAUUUAAGCCACAAAGUCAAGACCAACUGGCAAAAAUUUUAAAACCGCCUAAAGACCCAAACAAAGUGAGAAAUAAGCUACGAGGUCGUCGGAUUUCUACAGACGUUGCCCUGGCGGUAGAUGGUAUUGAGGUCAUACUGCAGGCCUUUAAACAAAUAUUAGAUAGGUGUACAGAUGACGAUAGAUGUGUAUUUAAAACAUUACGUCACGGAGCUGUUUAUAAUAAUGACAGUAAAGGCAUACAGUGUCGGUCAGAUCCUUUAAGACCAUGGACUCAUGGAGACGUUAUUCAAAAAGCUAUAACGUCGGUACAGAUCCAAGGGUUAACUGGUAAUGUAUCAUUUAAUAAGAAUGGUAUACGAAGAUUACAAGAAGUAGAUAUUAUGCAUAUGGAAUACGAGAAAAAACUAAGACGGGUAGGAACAUGGACUUUAGAAAACAAUUUUCAGACCAAUAUGACAAAACCUGGCAAUGAAAGGAGAAACUUACCUGUUAAUAGAACUAGAAUAGUUACAACAAUAUUGGAACCCCCAUUUACAGUAGAAAAAUAUCCAGUUGAUGGUAAUCCAUGUACUGGUGAUGAUAGAUUCGAGGGUUUUUGCAUAGAUUUAGCUAGAAUGAUAGCAGAUUUAUUAGGAUAUAAUUAUUGUAUAAGAUUGGUAAAAGAUAAUUCGUAUGGUGUUAGAUUACCAAAUGGUUCUUGGACAGGAAUGAUAGGAGAACUGGUUAGGGAGGAAGCCGAUAUAGCUAUUGCACCGUUAACAAUAACUCAGGUUCGAGAAAGAGUCGUGGACUUUUCGAAACCAUUUCUCAACACCGGUAUUAGUAUAAUGAUUAAGAAACCCGUAAAACAAAAACCUGGUGUGUUUUCCUUCAUGAGUCCAUUAGCUGAUAAUGUAUGGUUGUGUAUCAUCCUGGGUUUUCUUACUGUUGGUUUUAUUUUAUUUCUUGUCGGACGUUUUAGUCCGCUAGAAUGGAUGGUAGAUGAACAUACAGGAGUAACAAAAAAUGUAUUUGGUUUAGGCAACACCUUAUGGUUUGCUCUCGGAGCGCUUAUGCAGCAGGGAUCGGAUAUUUCACCAAGAUCGAUGUCCGGGAGAAUAGUGGGAAGUGCCUGGUGGUUUUUUACUUUAAUUAUAAUCUCAUCUUAUACGGCCAACCUUGCUGCCUUUUUAACUAUAGAAAGAAUGCUAACACCCAUAGGGUCAGCAGAUGAUUUAGAAAGACAGACUACUAUUAAAUAUGGAACCUUAGCAAAAGGUUCCUCGUACGAAUUUUUUAAGGAAACAGAGGUGUUAGUUUAUAGUAGAAUGUGGACUUUUAUGAAAGAGGCUAGACCAAGUGUAUUUGCUGAUACGGUUGAUGAAGGUGUUGAGCGUGUUCGUAAAUCUAAGGCUAAGUAUGCCUUUUUACUAGAAUCAGCAAUGAAUGAAUAUCAAAAUCAAAGACAACCCUGUGAUACAAUGAAAGUAGGAAGAAAUUUAGAUUUUAAAGGCUAUGGUAUUGCUACUCCAUUAAAUUCAGAUAUAAGAGACCCUAUAAAUAUUGCUGUGUUAGAAUUAAGAGAAGUUGGUGAACUUCAUAAACUAGAACAGAAAUGGUGGUAUGAUAAGGGAGAGUGUGGGCCAGAUGGAGGCGGUAAGGAUACAUCAACUAGUGCCCUUACUUUAAGUAAUGUGUCUGGGAUUUUUCAUAUUUUAAUUGGUGGACUAGUGUUAGCUAUGUUGACAGCCUUUAUAGAUUUCAUUUUUAAAAGAAAAUUUAGAGGUAAAAAAUUACAGCUUAAAAAUGGGACAUUAAAUAUAUCAGAAAAAUCUAAUCGGAGACAUCAAUCCAGAGAAAUUGUGAAUAUAGAUCCAGUGAAUGGUCAAGGUAGUGGAAAUGGAGGAGUAAAUUUUCCAACAGAAGGGCGUUUAAUUACAUUUGAUGAGAAUAUUGAAGAACAGAGUACAUUAUGAUAUAAUAAUCUUAUACAGUUCAUUUGCACACCAAUUAUCGUUACAUAUCAUAGCAUUCAAUUUAAAUUAUAACAUCAAUAGCCCUAGCCAAUUAUUAUAUAAAAUUCUAUUUAACCCAGUACAUUAUUGGCCUUAGUCGAAGUCCGUGGCACGCAUAGGUCUCAGUUGACUAUAAAGAGAAUAAUACACGAUACUUUUUCCUGUUAUUAAAGGGCCAAUCCCGAUAAUAUUUUGGAGAAAAAAACUGCUUAAUUUUGUGUUAAAAUCCCUUAAAACCCUUUACCUUAGGUCCGAGCAACUAACUCAAUAUACGUGAUACGUUUUCAAACAACUUAAACCCGUAAGUCUUCUUCUCGAAAUGGAGAUCGGUCUCCUAAGCUUUUUUGUACGGUAUCUGGAUAAAAUAAUGUGUAGGUGAAAUUUUCCUUUCAUUAUCAAGUACAUUCCAUUGGUCAUUCACUGUAUAUACGUCUAAAGCAGUGCUUCUCAACCGGGGUCCAUGUGCUCGGGGGUGAAAUUUGGAAAAAGGGGUAAUUGGGGGGUGAAUUAUACACAAAGGGGUGAAUUUUGUGAUUAGGGGGGAAUUUGCAUGAAUUGAGUUUUCAGACUCCUGACCGGGAGCCAUCAGUCAAAAUGUUACCGACCACAAACCUGCGUAGUCAUUGGUCGGAAACUAAAUGACUGACUAGCACUAGCAUAAUUAAUUUCAACGCUGAGUAUAAUGGCGCUUAUCAUAUCUCGCUGUACUGUUGAUUGUCCGGGAAGUGGGUAACCUAUAGCUACGAGAACGUAGCUAAAAACGUUGAGAUAUACUGAUGUGUUUGUUUUUAGCUACGAUUGGAUGCCUUUAGUUCCAAGUGGCAAACUCAAUUUCUUUAUUAAUGCAUGUAACAUCUUUAAAAUAAGAUAAGUUUAUGCUAUUAUGAUUAAUUAAACUUACAGAGGCCAAUGUAGUGGCACAACUGUCGUCUAACUCCAAAUAUUCGCGUUUAAAUUAAUGAAGCGUUGUUUUUGUCUGACAUUUCACCGACAUCGAAAUCCAUUCAUAGUUACUGUGCUUUAGAUUGCCCUUUUGAUUGGCUGUUAUAAAAGCCUUAUAUUUAGCCCCGCCUUCAUGAUGACAGCGUAUCGUUUAAAAAGAUGGCGGCCUUAGUAACGGCUUAACGCCUCGAUUUUAAAAACGACGAUUUGUACCCGUUUCAGGUAGGAUUAUAUGCUUAAUUGUAGUUGGGUGUGGUAGAAAUAUUAUAAAUAACAAUAAUCAAUCGUUGUUUUAAUUAAAAUUAUUGUCAAUCUUGUUUUAAAAUUUCGGGUGCGAAUCGCUCCCGCAUGUGCUACGUUGAAGGCAAUGGCCUCAUCUCUUAUCUCGAAACACGGAGGGUUGAGAGAUUAAGGUUUGUUAUCUAGAUAACCUAGUCUUAUCUCAAUGUGAAAUAGAUUAUAGGCAGCUAGGUAGGAUAGAUCGUCGAUCGCUUGGUUUCUUUUUACACCCUAACUCUGCACGAGCUGAAUAGGGGUUCCAAAUUUAAUUUCAAUAACCUGUCCUUAGUACUGGUUGUUCAAUUCUCAGUUUCUCCGUGUCAAUGUGACAAUAAGCACUGUAUUGUGCGAUUGUGCAUUAUUACCUGUAGUAUCACACACCAAUGCUAGUGUCCUAGUGAAUUAACAUCAUGGCUACGAAAGCGAAGGUGAAAGUUCGAAAAUAUUCAAUUGAAGUUAACAAAGUUAGUUCCGGAUGUUAAGACCCUUGUUCAAAAACACCAAGCACAAGGUGCUCAGUAAACAAGGGUCAUGACAUCUCCAUUGUGCUUUUAAUGUGUAAAUCCAUGGCAUCCGUUCAUUAAAUAUGUGUUUGAAACGAUACCUAAUGAGCAUGUUUCAGUUUUUAGUUUUUAGUAAUUUGAAGUUUUAUAGUGCCAGGGGUGAAUAGCGGAGAAAAUAUUUCUCGCGUGGGGAAUUGUAUCAUAAAGGUUGAGAAGCACUGGUCUAAAGUAACGGGAAUCGAUUAUCAGGUCACCCAACGAAAAAAAUGACCCGAAAUCUUAAAAGAUAAGCAAUAUUGUAGUUCACGUCCAAACGACUAAUGUUUUGAGCUGAAAUUUUGAGACAGGGUAAGUAGACCGUUCCUCUACAUUUUGGCGCUAAAUUUUCAUACGUACCCGGACUUUUAUUUUUGAGACUCUAUUCAAAUCGGGAUAGUCCCUUUAAGUAAUCACCGUUUAGGCAUAACUAGUGAUUAGCUAACCAGUUGUCUGGAAAAUUCACUGAUUCGCACCUCGACGUAGACUUGGAGAUUUUAUUUUUGACAGGGGUUGGUGAUCGUUCGCAUGGGGAGGCAAACCGAGGUUCAUCCGUGUACACAUUGACGUGCACGUAAAAUAAACUUUGAAAGUUUGAAUUCGAUGAAGAGGAGGAGGGUCGCCGCUGUUAGAAUCAAAGUGACGUGUUUGAUUAUUCAGGCAAAUCAUCAUUUGAAGACUAAUAAUCUUUCCGUGGCCUGACACAAAAAAUCCGUUAUUGUGGAUGUGUUUGCUUUCUGGACUACUCCUUAGCCGUUAAACUACAGCCUCGAGUGACUAAAUAUUUCUUUUAUUUAAACAUUGUUCAUAUUUAAACAUCUCUGCAGAAGACCACCGUUAACCAAAGUUCACAGGGAUAAGCUAUAAUAAUGGGUUAGAGCUAUUGAAUUUAAACUUUAAUGGCACAUCAAAUCACACCCAGUAAAAUUAUAGUUUUGUAAAUAUGAUGGUUUUAAAAAAAUAUGGCG